UUCACUAUAAAUUGCCGUCAAUCACCGUGUGCGCAUAACAAAUAUUACUAAUCUCAUACACCUCUCGACGUCUGUAUUUCUCCCUCAAAAAUAUCUCUCUCCCCACCGCACCUAAAAACUUCACCAUGGUGUUUCCGUACAUGGAAUCCGUCGUUGGUUUUAUGAUCUUGAUGUAUUUUUUUGAAACUUAUCUGGAUUUGCGGCAACAUGCUGCACUCAAACUACCAACACUCCCAAAAACUUUGGAAGGAGUAAUCAGCCAAGAAAAAUUUGAGAAGUCUCGAGCCUACAGUCUUGAUAAAAGCAACUUCCAUUUUGUUCAUGAGUUUGUGACCAUACUGAUGGACUCAGCAAUUUUGUUCUUUGGUAUAUUGCCUUGGCUUUGGAAGAAAUCAGGGAACUUUUUGGUUUUAGCUGGUCUUGAUGCAGAGAAUGAAAUAAUACACACCCUGGCAUUUUUGGCUGGUGUUACUUUAUGGUCACAGCUCACCGAUUUGCCAUUCUCUCUCUAUUCAACUUUUGUGAUUGAGGCUCGUCAUGGUUUUAAUAAACAAACUGUAUGGUUAUUUUUUAGAGAUAUGUUCAAAGGAAUGUGUCUUGCUAUUAUUCUGGGCCCACCUAUUGUUUCUGCAAUCAUCAUAAUAGUGCAGAAAGGAGGUCCUUAUCUGGCCAUCUAUCUUUGGGGAUUCAUGUUUGUUCUUUCUCUUGUGAUGAUGACACUUUACCCCAUAUUAAUAGCUCCUCUGUUUAACAAGUUCACACCUCUUCCUGAAGGAGAGCUCAGGCAUAAAAUUGAGGACCUUGCUUCAUCCCUCAAGUUUCCUUUGAAGAAAUUGUUUGUUGUUGAUGGAUCCACAAGGUCAAGCCAUAGCAAUGCCUAUAUGUAUGGAUUUUUUAAGAACAAGAGAAUUGUCCUUUAUGACACCUUGAUUCAGCAGUGCAAAAAUGAUGAGGAAAUUGUAGCUGUUAUUGCCCAUGAACUUGGGCACUGGAAACUUAAUCAUACAAUGUACUCAUUCAUUGCUGUUCAGAUUCUUACAUUUUUGCAAUUUGGAGGUUAUACCCUUGUGAGGAACUCCAAUGAUCUCUUCCAAAGUUUUGGAUUUGAUACACAGCCAGUACUCAUUGGUCUCAUCAUCUUUCAGCAUACUGUCAUCCCACUCCAACAUCUAGUAAGCUUUGGUCUGAAUCUUGUCAGCCGAUCUUUUGAAUUUCAGGCUGAUGCCUUUGCUAAGAAGCUUGGUUAUGCAUCUGCUCUUCGUGCUGGUCUUGUGAAAUUACAGGAAGAAAAUUUGUCCGCUAUGAACACAGAUCCUUGGUAUUCGGCUUAUCACUAUUCUCAUCCACCCCUUGUCGAAAGACUGGCUGCAAUUGAUAAACCUGAUAAAAAAGAAGACUGAUGUGGGAUGCGUGGCUUGUGAUCUUAAAUUCUACACUUGGUUGCCAGUGACAGUUAACUGCAAUCAUGAGGGCGGCAGCUGUAAUAUUAGUUGACCUGUAUGAGUCCUGUUACAGCUUACAUAUUCCAAAAUGCCUCCAGAAGGCACUUAUAUGUUAAGUCUAGAACUGAGUUUAUGUGGAAAUUCACUGAGAAGAGGAAGGAAGAGGCAAGUAUGUAUUGUAUGAAUGUAUGAGCUUAUGAUCAUAGAAUUUAGAACUGCCUUGAAUCCGUUGACUAUUUUGUGAUGAUGCAGUAGAUUUUGAAGUUUUGCAAAACCUCCAUGUCAAAUAUAUGUGUUAGCACAUGCCCAUUACGUCUUUGA